CUCACCAGCAACAGCAUCACCCGUCAGCCUCCUCGAGUUCAACUGCGGCUAAACGCACCGCGCCGGGCUCCCAGUCACACAGCACGGCGGAGCAGCAAGGAGAUCCUUCUCCUCCCCGCGCAAAAACGUUUCCCCCCUCCUCCUCUAUCGGCAUUUGAGAGCGAGCAUCAUCAGCAUCAGCACCGCCGCCUCGAAACCAGAACAGCUCAGGCACAGAAGAGGUGUCUCAUCCACGUUUUUAACAGGAGCACCGCGUCUCAAGGCAACAUUUCCACAGUCGGGAUUGCACAGUGUUCGGCAUUUUGCGGUCUUCUUAGAGCAUGGAAUCGGACUAAAGGAAUGGCUUUACGUCGGGAAGACUCUGUGCUCUGUGCCGUGGCUGUGCUGAGUGACUAAGCGGAGCGCUAGAAGCCAUGGAGGAGAUGGACAGUAAACCCUACCAGCCAUUGUCUAAGGGGCGCCAUGAAAUGGAGAUGUCCUACACCAGCUCGUCUGACGAGAGCGAGGACGGCCGCGCCCACCACCGCUCUUACACCUCCCGCGAAACCCUCCCUGACUACACGCAUGAGCUACGCCUCACCCUUGGAUCACACAGGGAGAGACAGAGCAACUACAGCCAACCCCAGCCAGAUUUAGACUUCUGUAAGAGUGGACAGCUGAGGAGCCCAGACUAUCACAUCCACCAACAGCAGCAGCAGCAGCAGCAGCAGCAGCGUCAGGAGGAGGAGGAGGAGGCAUUGUGCACUGGACCGGCCGCUCACAUCCACAGCCGUGCUUACUCCCUGGGCGUGGGCUCCGACGUGGACACCGAGCCAGAGGUGGACCCCUCUCCUGCUCACGGCAUGCAGCACAUGUGGAUGCGCGGCCUGAAGUCCGAACAGAGCUCUUGUCUCACAAGCCGCGCCAACUCGGCCCUCUCUCUUACUGACACUGAACAUGACAGGAAGUCUGAGCCUGACAAUGAGCUGCCCAGCAGUCCAGGUGGUCAGUUCACAUUUCGCCCGCUGCCCCCGCCGCCCCCGCCGCCCCAUGCCUGCACUUGUGCCCGUCCGGCGCCCUACACUCAAGUCAGCCUGCAGAGAAAGACCAUGCCAACGCGGUGCCAGUCCAGUCAGGGCAGCCAGGGGGCAGACACCAGCUCGAGCACAGACCAGGCACAGCUUCACAACAGCUGGGUGCUCAACAGCAACAUUCCCCUAGAGACCAGACACUUCCUGUUCAAGCAGGGCUCUGGUUCAUCAGCUCUCCUGUCUGGGGCCGGGCAGGGUUACCCCCUGACGUCUGGGACUGUGUACUCCCCUCCACCCCGGCCUCUUCCUCGCAGCAGCGUGACCAGACCACUGUUUACCUUCAACAAGCCUCACCGCUGCUGCAACUGGAAGUGUACAGCCCUGUCGGCGUCGCUGCUUACGCUCACCCUCGCCCUGUUGCUCACAUACGUCAUUGCGGUCCACCUGUUAGGUCUGACCUGGCAUCUGCGGCACGGCGAGAGCCAGCUGUAUGAGAAUGGCCUGAGCUCAGCGGACCAUCAACAGGAUGACCGCAGCAAAACCAGACCCACCAGCUCCAUCCACCUGCUGGACACACUCAACCCUGAAAACACACACGCUGGUGACAGAGAGAAAUGGGUGCGAGGCCGAGCGAUUGACCGUGGCGAGGUCGACAUUGGAACCCAGCAGAGCCAGGCAAUCCCACCGGGACUCUUUUGGAGGUUUCAUAUGACUGUGCACCAUCCGACCUAUAUCAAGUUCAACCUGUCUCUUUCGCACAAUGCACUGCUGGGGGUCUACGGACGCAGGAAUAUACCGCCCACACACACUCAGUUUGACUUUGUGAAAUUGCUGGACGGAAAGGCACUGCCAAGGUCCUUGACUGAUCCUGUCUCAACUGCCAAAGCUCCCAAAGGCCUGCUGCUGAGUGGCCUCCAAGAAACAGGCUUCAUAGAGUACAUGGACCCCGGCACCUGGCACCUCGCUCUGUACAAUGAUGGACGUAACCUGGAGCAAGUGUUGCUCCACAGCACCCCUAUAGACUCAAUGGAUGGGUGCUCCACGGACUGUAAUGGAAAUGGAGAGUGUGUGGCUGGACACUGCCACUGCUUUGCUGGAUUCUUGGGUCCUGACUGUGCCAAAGAUUCGUGCCCCGUUUUGUGCAGCGGUAACGGCGUGUACGAGAAAGGACGGUGUGUGUGCCUUGCAGGGUGGAAAGGGGCAGAGUGUAAUGUGGAGGAAGGUCAGUGCAUCGACCCUACCUGCUCCAACCACGGCUCCUGCAUCCAGGGAAUUUGCAUAUGUAGUCCAGCCUACAAGGGGGUUAACUGUGAACAAGUGGACUGUGUAGACCCUCAGUGUGGAGGGCACGGCGUGUGUGUGCGAGGGGAGUGUGUGUGCUCGGCAGGCUGGGCAGGAGUGAGCUGUGAUGAUCCGCUGCCAGCCUGUCAGGAGCAGUGUUCAGGACAUGGCACCUAUCUCCCUGAGUCAGACACCUGCGCCUGCCAGCCCAACUGGACUGGGCCCGACUGCUACACUGAGCUGUGUCCUGUGCCAUGUGGCAGCCAUGGUGUUUGCUCAGAGGGCCAGUGCCAGUGUGAGGAGGGUUGGAUUGGCGCCGCGUGCGACCAGAGAGCGUGCCAUCCUCGCUGCGAAGAACACGGCCAGUGCCACGACGGGACAUGCAUCUGCCAGCCUGGCUGGGAGGGAGAGCACUGUAACAUUGUUACUCACGAUUUGGACGUUGUGGUGAAAGACGGCUGCCCAGGGUUGUGCAGUGGGCAUGGGCGCUGUACCCUGGAGCAGAGCGGCUGGCGCUGCGUCUGCCAGACUGGAUGGAGUGGGCCUGGAUGCAGCGUUGUCAUGGAAACUGACUGCAGUGAUGGAGCAGACAACGACGGAGACGGCCUGGUGGACUGCGUGGACCCCGACUGUUGUGAGCAGCUGAGUUGCGGCUCUGACCCUCUGUGUCACGGUUCAGCCGACCCCUUGGCCCUGUUGAAGCAGAGCCAGCUGCCCCCCACCACGCCCCCCUCGCCCACCAACACACACACUCACAGCUUCUACCACCGCAUACGCUUCCUCCUUGGCAAAGCAGCCACACACACUCUCCCUGGAGACGUGCCCUUUGAUACCAGUCGGGCGGCUGUGAUUCGAGGUAGCGUGGCAUUGCAAGACGGCUCUCCUCUUGUGGGAGUCAACAUCACCUUCCCCCAACAUCCAGAGUAUGGUUACACUAUCAGCAGGCAGGAUGGGAGUUUUGACCUGGUGACUUUGGGAGCAAUGUCUAUGACCCUGAUGUUCCAGCGCCCACCCUUCCUGCCGCAGACACGCACCAUUUGGACCCCUAACAACAACUUCCUGGUUCUGGAUCAGGUGACCAUGUCCAGAGAAGAAGCUCAACCUCCUAAAUGUGACAUCAGGAGUAUCUUGAGUCCCUACCCGCUGGUCCUACCCUAUCCGCUUCCAAGAUAUACAGGCUCAUGUGCAGAGAAGGGUCCAGCAGUACCCGAGCUACAGGCGGUGCAGGAAGAAGUUUCAAUCCCGGGAGCUUUUGUGAAGUUGAACUAUUUGAGCACCCGAGCUGCAGGCUACCUCUCUCUGCUGCGCAUACUCCUUACACCCCCCUCCCCGUCGUCGCCCAUCUCCCCGCUCGGCGGUCUCUCUAAGGUGCACGUCCGUGCGUCCAUCCAGGGACGGUUGUACCAGCGAUGGUACCCUGCCGGACCGGGCUUGGUCCACAGGCUGGUCUGGAACAAGACUGACGUUUAUGGGCAGGAGGUCUGGGGUCUCACUUAUGCAACAGUUUCUGUCGGCUAUGAGUACGAGACAUGUCCUGGCGUUAUCCAAUGGGAGAGGAGGACAGCCCUGAUGCACGGAUUUGAGCUGGUCCCAUCAGACCUGGGAGGAUGGUCUCUGGACAAACACCACUCCCUCAACAUACACAGUGGAAUCCUUCACAAAGGGAACGGAGAAAACGUCUUCCUCUCCCAGCAGCCUGCUGUCAUCAGCACUGUGAUGGGGAAUGGUUUUUACCGCAGCGUCCCCUGCAGUCCGAGCUGCAGUGGAGCAGCUCGGGACAUGAUGCUGUUCGCCCCUGUGGCUCUUGCUAGCGGCCCGGACGGCUCUCUCUACGUGGGGGACUUCAACUUCAUCCGCAGGGUCCAUCCUGAUGGAUACACAAGAACCAUACUGGAACUCAAGAACCGGGACACCAGACACAGCACGAGCCCUGCUCAUAAAUACUACCUGGCCAUGGAUCCAAUGGGAGAGGUUCUCUACGUGUCUGACACCAGCAGUCGCAGAGUGUACCGGGUGAGGAACCUCGGGCAGCCUAAAGAUCUGUCUCGUAACCUGGAGGUGGUGGCCGGGACAGGGGAGCAGUGUCUCCCUUUUGACCAGAGCCACUGCGGAGAGGGCAGGAAGGCGACCGAGGCUGCACUCAACAACCCUCGAGGUAUUGCAGUGGAUAAAAGAGGUGUUGUCUACUUUGUGGAUGGCACCACCAUUCAGAAGAUUAAUGAGAGGGGUUUGCUCUCCACUGUGAUUGGCUCAAACGGACUGAUGUCGACUCAGCCGCUAAGCUGUGAUGCACGCAUGGACAUCAGCCAGGUGCGCUUGGAGUGGCCGACUGACCUUGCCAUCAACCCACUGGACAACUCCCUCUACAUCCUGGACAACAACAUUGUCCUGCAGGUAUCUGAAGAUCUUCAGGUCCGUAUUGUAGCAGGCCGCCCGAUCCACUGCCAGGUUCCAGGUAUUGACCACCACCUGGUGAGGUGGGCAGCUGUACGCGCUACCCUGGAGGCUGCCAAGGCCAUCGCCCUGUCCCACCUGGGAACACUAUACAUCGCUGAGACUGAUGAGAGACGCAUCAACCGCAUCCAACAGGUGUCGACCAACGGGGAGAUAUCUGUUAUCUCUGGAGCCCCCACGGACUGUGACUGUAAGAUAGACCCCAACUGUGACUGCUUCUCUGGGGAUGGAGGUUACGCCCGCGAUGCUCGUCUCAAGGCCCCUUCGUCUUUGACCGUGGCCCCGAAUGGUACCCUGUAUAUUGCUGAUCUCGGCAACAUCCGGAUCAGGGCUGUCAGCCCCAACCAGCCUCAGCCUAGCACAGCAGGACUGAUGGAGAUCAGCUCCCCACUAGACCAGGAGCUUUACCUUUUCAACCAGAAUGGUUCCCACAUGUUCACCAAACACCUGAUCACUGGUCACUACCUGUACAACUUCUCUUACGGGUCGGACGGCCAGCUGUCCGGGCUGACGAGCCGCGACGGCCAUGGACUCCAGGUGAGGAGAGAUGCUCAUGGUGUGCCUCUCUGGCUGGCACUACCUGGUGGACAGGUGUACUGGCUGUCUCUUAGCAACAGUGGAACACUGAGAAAGGUAUCAGCCCAAGGCCAUGACAUCGCCCACAUCACUUACCAUGGCAACACUGGUCUCCUAGCAACUAAGAGUGAUGAGAACAGUUGGACCACUGUUUAUGAGUACAACAGCGAGGGCCGUGUGACCAACAUCACCCUCCCCACUGGUGAGGUGAGCGGUUUCCACGGCAACCUGGAGCGCUGGUCUCGAGUGGAGGUCGAGGCCUCAAACCGAGAGAACUUUGUCACCAGCACCAACCUCUCUGCCAGUGACACAGUCUACACAUUCAGACAAGACCAUGCUCAGAGCUCGUACAGAGUCAGCGCUGAUGGCUCGUUCCUUGUGUCGCUGGCAAGUGGGAUGGAGCUGUCCCUCAGCACGGAGCCCCUCCUUCCCGGAGGUGCAGGGGGAGGAGUCAGUCCCACAGCCAGCCGGUGUAACAUCAGUCUGCCCGGAGACCACGCCCCAAGCCUGAUAGAGUGGAGGCAGAGGAAGGAGCAGAGCAAGAUGAACUACAGCACUUAUGAACGCAGGCUCAGGGCCCAUAACAGGAACCUGCUGUCCAUUGACUUUGACCAGAACACCAGAGUAGGGAAGAUCUACGAUGACCACAGGAAGUUCACCCUUCACAUCCAGUAUGACCCUCUCGGUCGACCUGUGGUCUGGUCCCCAAGUAGCAAAUACACUGAAGUAAACAUCAGCUACUCAGCUGGAGGACUGCUGGCAGCCAUACACCGAGGAGAAUGGUCUGAACGUCUGGAGUAUGAGAACGACAGGGUGGUGUCCAGAGCCUGGGUCAACGGCAAAAUCUGGAGCUACACAUAUGCAGACAAAUCCAUAAUGCUGCUCCUGCAUAGCCAGCGGCGCUAUGUCUUUGAGUACGACCAAACGGACCGCCUGGUUGCCGUAACGAUGCCCAGCAUGGUGAAACACACACUGCAGUCGCUUCUGUCCAUCGGCUACUACAGGAACAUUUACACCCCUCCUGACAGCCAGUCCUCCUUCAUGCAGGACUACACCCUGGAUGGGCGGCUGCUGAGGACUCAGUACUUGGGAACAGGGCGCAGUGCCAUCUACAGGUAUACGUCAGCGGCGCGGCUCUCUGAGGUGGUUUAUGACUCCACCCUGGUGACCUUCACUUAUGACGACGCCUCUGGCACUGUGAAGACCAUUCAUCUAACCCAUAAUGGCUUCAUAAGCUCCAUACGAUACAGACAGACAGGUCCCCUGACGAGUCGGCAGAUCUUCCGCUUCAGCGAAGAAGGCUUGGUCAACGCCCGGUUCGACUACAGCUACAACAACUUCAGAGUGACGAGCAUGCAGGCAGUCAUCAAUGAGACCCCUCUACCUAUUGAUCUGUACCGUUAUGUCGAUGUAUCAGGGAGGGUUGAGCAGUUUGGCAAGUUCAGCGUUAUUUUUUAUGACCUCAACCAGGUCAUCACCACUCAUCUGAUGAAGCACACAAAGGUGUUUAACUCCUAUGGCCAGGUGGUAGAGGUCCAGUAUGAGAUCCUUAAAUCCAUCGCCUACUGGAUGACCAUACAGUACGACUCGGCAGGGCGCACAACCACCUGUGACAUCAGGGUGGGCGUCGACAGUAAUGUUACACGCUACACAUACGAGUACGAUGCAGACAGCCAGCUGCAAAGUGCAUCAGUUAAUGAGCGCCCUCAGUGGCGUUACAGCUAUGACCUCAACGGAAACAUUAACCUGCUCAGCCAUGGGACUAGUGCAAGGUUGACGCCGCUGCGUUACGACCAGAGAGACCGCAUCACACACCUUGGGGAGCUACAGUACAGCGUGGAUGACGACGGCUUCCUCCGCCAGCGAGCCAACGAUCUGUUUGACUACAACUCCAACGGCCUGCUGACCCGGGUCUUCAACAGGGUGACCGAGCGUACCGUGUGGUAUCGCUACGACGGGCUGGGUCGGCGUGUCGCCACCAAGAGCAGCCAGGGCGAGCAGCUGCAGUUCUUUUACGCCGAUCUGUCACAUCCCACAAGGGUCAGCCACAUGUACAACCACAGCAGCAAUCUGAUCACGUCACUGUACUACGACCUGCAGGGCCAUCUCAUCGCCAUGGAGCUGAGCAGUGGGGAAGAGUACUAUGUCGCCUGCGACAGCGUGGGCAGCCCAAGAGCUGUGUUCUCUAGCAAAGGGCGAUUGGUCAAAGAGAUCCUCUACACUCCGUAUGGAGAGGUCUACCAGGACACCAACCCUGACUUCCAGCUUGUCAUCGGCUUCCACGGAGGCCUGUACGAUCCUCUCACACGGCUGGUCCACUUGGGCAGGCGGGAUUACGACACGCUGGCCGGCCGAUGGACCUCACCCAAUCAUGAACUAUGGGGGGAGUUGAGCAAGGAGCCCAAGCCGUUUAACGUGUACGCCUUCAAAAACAACUGCCCGGUUGGCAGAGUGGAGGAAGUUACAAAGUUUACUACAGACAUCGGUAGCUGGCUGCAGCUUUUUGGCUUCCAGCUUCAUAAUGUUGUCCCAGGCUUCCCAAAGCCUGAUGUUGGCAGAAUGGAACAAACAUAUGAACUGAUGAAGACCCAGACAAAGACACAGAACUGGGACUCCAGCAAGGUGGUUUUGGGGAUCCAGUGUGAGGUGCGGAGACAGCUGAGGAGUUUCAUCUCUCUGGAGAGGUUACCUCUUGUCUCAGAACCUGUAGGCUCAACCUGUCACAGACCGGCACACCCUCCCCCCUUCGGAUCCCGACCCUCCCUUCUGGGCCCCAGCAUCCGCUUUGCCGUCUCCCAUGGUCGUGUCAGCGCUGAGGUCAUCGGCGUAGCUAGUGAAGAUAGUCGCCGGGUGGCAGCCAUUUUAAACAACGCCGUGCACCUGAGUGGGCUGAGCUUCACCGUGCACGGCUGCGACACCCAUCACUUCCUCCAGUCGCGGCCCAUCGAGGAAGACCUCGCUCUCGGGUUAGGAGUCGGGGGGCGUGUCCUAGAGAGUGGAGUGAACGUGAGUGUUUCUCAGAUGAGCGCGCUGGUGAACGGCAGGACUCGACGAUUCGCUGACAUCACCCUUCAGCAGGGAGCGCUGUGCUUGUGCGUGCGCUACGGCGGCAGCGAGGAGGAGGAGAGGGCGCGGGUAAAGGAGGAGGCGAGGAAGAGAGCGGUGGAGGGGGCGUGGGAGAAGGAGAGGAAGAGGGUGGAAUUAGGGGAUGCGGGGAGCAGGGCGUGGAGUGAGGCGGAGAAGCAGCAGCUGCUGAGCGGAGGACUGGUUCAGGGUUACGACGGCUACUACUCCCUGCCUAUAGAGCAGCAGCCCGAGCUGUCCGACUGCCCCUCCAACAUCCACUUUAUGACACUGAGCGAGGUGGGGGGCAGGUAACAGAGACACAUGAGCAGCCCCCCACCCCACCAAAGACUGCCUGUUUCUACUCUACUCUGAUUUGUUCUACUGUUUCUAUACUGUAUGAAAAAAAAAAGAAGACGACAACAGGAGAAGAACAAGAGGAGAGAUUGGGGAAAAAAAUAUUUCCAAAUGCCUUUAAUUGUGACAAAAUGAUGGUAUUUUAUUAUUAUCGUCCAGUUUCUCCGAUUUCUAACAGUGGCACAAGCAGUGUGGUUUGGCUGUGGCUUUGCUUUUUGUAUACGACCGGCGCCGGGACUGACCGACUGACGCUCUCACCGACCGACUGACGGACUGACCGAUGGACAGACUGUCAUUUGCUGUUUCAACACUGUUAAUCAUUUUAGGCUCUCUGUUCACUGAACUGUAGGAAUGAAGACUUUAGGAUAGCCAGUGAAUGAUCCUCUUCAUGACUCAAAUCAAGAGCUCUGCGGUUGCCAUUUGAGUUCCUACAUGGUUUACCUCGGAUAUACUAUCGUUUACAUAUUGUGUAAGAGAGGCCUUGUUGACUCUGACACUCCCCUUUAGAGAAGGAAAACCUCUCCUGGUAUUCCGCCUCUGGUGUGCUCCAACAGUAGUUUGUAUGAGUGUGUAUAUUAAAAAUCAAGAAUGUACAUAGCCAGUGCUUUCACACUGAAAAAAGUGCUCAACUGGAAAUUCUGUUGUUCAUAAGUAAGUGUCAGUAUUGUUAAUCAAUAGAAAAAAACAGUUACAUUUUUGCAAAGAAUUAUACAUGGCUAUAGUAAAUAUUCUCGCUGAAAAAUCUGACUUUAUUGGGUUACAAUGCUGAUUAAAGUUAUUAUGUGUGAAUUA